AUGAACGUUGAAAGUACAAAACCUCCGCAAUCGCUGCGGGAUAUCCAGCAUAUCAUUUUGAUUCUGUCGGGGAAAGGAGGUGUGGGGAAGAGCUCCGUCACAACUCAAACAGCCUUGACAUUGGCAGGUUUAGGCUAUAAGGUAGGUGUGCUGGACAUCGAUCUAACAGGCCCUUCCAUUCCCAGGAUGUUUGGAUUGGAGGGACACUCCAUAUACCAGUCAGAACAAGGCUGGAUCCCCGUAACUAAAUAUGAAGAUGGUUCCGGAUCGCUUAAAGUAAUGUCGCUUGGCUUUUUGUUGAACGACAGAGGCAGCAGUGUGGUCUGGAGAGGUCCUAAAAAAACUGCGAUGAUCAAACAAUUUAUUAAAGAUGUGGUGUGGGGUGAGCUAGACUAUCUCCUGAUAGAUACCCCCCCAGGGACCUCCGACGAACACAUUUCCAUUGCAGAGGAGCUUCGUUGGGCACAACCUGAUGGAAGUAUUAUAGUGACGACGCCGCAAAAUGUAGCUACUGCAGAUGUUAAGAAAGAGAUAAACUUCUGCCGAAAAGUAAAUCUGGAAGUACUUGGCAUAAUAGAAAACAUGUCCGGUUUCGUGUGUCCUCAUUGUGCUGAGUGUACCAAUAUAUUCUCCAAGGGCGGAGGCCACAAGCUUAGUCAAGAUUUGGCCAUUGACUUUCUUGGCAGCGUACCAAUCGAUCCUACAUUUGUUGAGCUCAUUGAGAACCAAAAAACUGAGGGCUCCAACUUAGUGGAUCUCUAUAGAAGUCAAGCUCUGUUUCCUGUAUUUCAAGAUAUUAUAAAGGCCGUUGAAAAGAAAGAAAUUCCUUCAAGAGUAUCUAAUUGA